AUGGCGGCGCUUCCACCACCAGGUGACGUAAGUAUCACUCAAGACAAAUAGCUACCGUUUUUAGAGGACUAGCUAAUUAAUCCCCGUAGGAUCAAGGCGACGAUCCAUGGGCUCCAGGGUUCGAGAGGCCGUAUAACUCUGAAGAGGAGCGGGAGAAGAAAGCGAAAGAGGAAAAAGAGAAGGAGGAGGGGAAGGAAGGGGAUGAUGAAGAGGAAACGGGAAGAGAUGACAACGAAUCCGAAUCCGGAGAUACCGAUACAAAAACACCACCGAAAAACGCAGAGACCAUACGAGGUACACCCACUGUUACUCAACCUGGUUUGAACUUAGCUGAGAGAACCGCACAAGAAACUACGGCCGAACUCUUCGCACAAUGGGAAAAGGCGGAACAGAUGAUGAAAGAUGAUUUCGAGGCAGGAAAAUAUACCAAGGAGCAAAUCGACAAGAUCAAGGUAUUGAUGACUGCCAGUGUGAGUCUGUCUCUUAAAUCUGCUGUAAGCGCAAUUUUAGUAGUAUGUCAGAAUCUGCAGACGAACACUGAUCGUAUUGAUAGAUAAAAAAGAUGGGCAUGCCAGAGAAAGGAGCGGAGGAGGAAAUGACUGUGGAACAAUUGAAAGAGAAGAUCGCCAAGCUUGAGAAUGAUUUGAAGGAGAAGGGACAGCAUGGCGAUGAAGCCUUAGCUCAAUUACUGGCACUUCAAGAUAAAGUGAAUCAGGUGGAGAUAGCACGCACUGAGGGAGAAAAGCGCGAAGCGAAAUACAAAGAACAGUAUAAAGAAGCUAUGGCUAAGGUAGAUGCCGCUACAAAAGAGCAGCGUGAGAGAAAAGAGCGAACUGAUAAAGAAAAGAAGGAAGAGAUCAGACAGGCGGAAGCUCGAAUACUCGCGGAUGCACUGCGUGAUAGAGAGAUUGCGGUAAAUCUGCUACAACGAGAGUUGACGGCCAAAGAGGAAGAAUUGGAUCGUGUAAAGGCAAGGACACAAGACGAAAAGGAAUUAAUCGAUACAGAAGCAGAAAUCAGAAAAGAGGGGGAGAUAAAAAAGGAGGCAGAAUUUACAGAACUCCAAAAACAAGUUUUUCAAAAAGAUAAGAAAGUUGAGGAGCUUAUCAAGGAGGUAAAAGCACUGCAUGAAAAAGGUGAUAAGGCGAUUCUUCAACAAUUGGAUGCCAAACAAAAAGAAUUGAAUCGUAUUGAGGCAGAGAGACAAAAAGAAAAGGAAUCAUUGGAUAAGGAAGCAAGAAGAAGAAGAGAGACAGAGAUAAAAAAGGAAGCAGAAAUUACAGAACUCCAAAGGGAAGCUUUUCAAAAGGGCGAGAAAGUCAAAGAGCUGACUAAAAAGUUGGAAGAAGCACUCCUCACAAAACAUACAGAGGCUACCGUAUAUCACACAGGAGAAAACUACGUAGACGCAGUUAAGCGCCUAGAGCGUGAGAAUUUGGAAUUCAGAAAGCAAAUAUCCAAAUUAGAGAAAGUGCAGGGACAGUUGGAAAGCAAGAAUGCAGAACUGGAGGUAUCAGCAAUCAAAAACAUUGAUGAGAGGAUACAUUUAGAGAUUCGAGCCGCAGAUGGUGAUGCGGCAGUUGAAAAAUUGAGGGUAUGGCAGGUCGAAGAACAAGCGCAAGUCUUAAGAAUGAACGGUCUAAUUUUAGAGAGGAGAAACCUAGCCCUCCAAGUUACUCGUCAAGAGGAACAGGUGAUCGCAAAAGACGAGCUAAUUAGUUCUCUGACUGUGACAGUUGAACAGCUGGAAGCUGUAGUUGCUGCGGGGCCAGAUGGGAUGGGCGCUGACAAUAUUCUCUUACGAAAACAGCUGGAAGAACUCGAAACACAAGCAGCCGAACUAAAACAGCAGCUAGAGGCUAGCAAACAGGAAGCUAUCAAGCAGGAAUUAGAAUUUACUAUAAAGCACACGAAGGUAGUGGAUGAAUACGAUAUUUUGAAAAAACGAUUGGAAGCACUUUCACAUCAAAAAGACGAAGCACUUGCGCUGGCUUCCAAAGCCAAAACGGAGAUGAAAGAAUUCACAAGAAAUAAAGAUUAUUACGAGCGGUGUGCAGUAGAUGAGGCUGAGGCGAUACUCAAAAAGAUUUCAAAACAAAUGGAAGAAUUUAAACUUGAAGAGGCUAAAAUCAAACAAGAACUAGAAGCUACCGAAGAGGAUCUAGCUGCUGCCGAAAAAGGUCAACCAGUGAAGACAACAAAAAUUAAUGAACUCAAAAAAGAUUUCCAAAAACAAUUGGAAGAAUUUGAACAUCGAGAGGCUACAAGCAAACAAGAACUGGAAGCUACCAACGGGCAACUCGAAGCUAUGAAGGAGGGCCUAGCUACUGUUCUAGCUACUGCCCAACAAGGUCAAACAGAAAUUCAUGAACACAAGAAAGAAGUUACAGCUUUGAAAAGUCAAUUGCAGGGACUUCAAAGAGGUUUAGCAAUACCUAGACUCAGGGGGCAGGUACAAAAGUACAAAGAGGAACUUGCCGAAGCUAAGGAAUCCAUAGAAGGUUUGAAGCAGCAACUCACAGCCAAAGAACAACAGGCCGGAGGAGAUGAUGGAGCAAAGGAGAAUGAGAUUAGUCGUCUAAAGCAAGAAUUAGAGAAACUUGAGAGUGAGAUUCUUCGUCUGAAGCAAAUUGGGGAAGGAGCUCAACCCGGACAACAAGACGCUGAAUUAGCAAAUUUAAGACGUGAAGUUGCUGAACUUAAACAGCAGGAAGAGAUUUGGAAAGCCGAAUCCGACCAGUUGGUGUUAGACAUGCAACAAAGUGUAGAUGUGAUCAAAGAACUUUCAACCGAGCAACAAAGACUUAAUGGAGUUAUUGUGGUUCUUGAAGGCAAAUUGGCAGAGUCAGUGACAGCUUACGAGGUUGCACAAAGUACUUGGAGAUCGUUGGAAGCUCAGGUUUUGGAAAGUGCGAAAACCGGUGGUACAACCACUGAUAGUCAAAAUCAACAAGCGCAGGCUAAGAGAAUUCAGCAACUCAUCGAUGAAAACAAGAAACUACGAGAGGAAUCCGCUGGACCGGGUACUGGUACGGGUCCAGGCACAGGAGACUUUGCUAAGUUUAGCAAACGCAAGGCGCAAUCCCGUCUUGACAAUGUUCAGAUGUUGAUGAGUUUCAUGGUUCUCCAGCGAGCCUUACACGGUUCUGUUCCUGGCGACAUGGAUCGUGUGUUAGCAGCAGUAGAUCAAGCUACAAUUGAGGCAUCGUUAGUUGAUGAUCCAAGAUUAAUCGCAGAAGUCGCGUUUUGGGCUAGUAUCGCAGAAUACUAUUUAGGCUACACGACCGGUGCUCUUCUUGGUUUCGAAGCCCUCAAAGACUCCGAACAAUGGAUAGAUGAAGAAAGAGACUUGGUGAAGCAAUGGAUCGAGGAAUGUGAGCAGGGGACAGAUUGCCCAAGGGAAAGGCAUGGUUAUAAAGAAGCUAUACGAAUCGGACCUGUGUCUGAUGCUUUAAAACGCCCCCCGAGACGUCCAUCGGAUAAAGCUCGUAAGGAGGCGAAGAAAGCUAAAAAGGCAGCGAAGAAAGCCAAGAAAGCCCAACAGAAAUCGAAAAGAGCUCCAGACCGUAGACGUCAUGGUAUACCCAAACGUGAAUUAUACGUCGGUAUAUUAUCGGAGGGUCAACAGAAGAUUUGGGACACAAUUGACUUUGGUGAUUUCAAUUAUGAAAAAUUGACUACUCAGCAACAAUCUCUAUUUUCAUUCGAACCUAUCGAAUAUGAGCCUGAUAGCCCUCCAGGACCACCAGCCCCUCCACCAGAUGAUGUUCCGUUCUACAAGCUCCCAGCAUUACCACCUAGCAGGCCUGGCUCUGAAACAUCAGAUGGCCGCCCCCCACGAGACACAGCAGAGGAAGAACGUCCCUCUCGUAUGGGCAAUGUGACUGCAAAUGCAGUUUUGCAUAUUCAAUUCCUCACUGCUCGCCUCGCCAACAGGGAAGCACGUGUCCAGGAGCUCGAGAAUAUGCAUGCCGAUAUACUGACCAUUACAGCUCAGCUUGAUGAAAGAGAUGCGCAGAUUCAAGAAUUGAGACGGCAUAACCAGGUCAUGAUUGCUGAAUUGACAAUUUGGAGGCGAAUUGGCCGGGAACAGGAAGGGGAGGGUAGGACUUGGUGGGCUCGUGUACGGAUUUGAUUGCUUCUGCUUCUCUCUUCUUGUAAACAAUAACCGUCGUGGGAAAUGUGGAUCGUGUUAAUUUUA